AUGAAGCAACAGCAUUGUACAGACAUUGGCAUAAAUAUCAAUGAUAAACUCGAAGUAGGUGAUGAGUUCAGGGGUGUAUGAGGUCGGGCUGUUCGAAGCAAGUGGAGUUGAACGAGGGCCCACGAAGGAGUUGGCCCAAAUCUAACAGGCUCUAUUCAGCCCAAUAAUGGACCCUCUAAAUCAGUAGAAACCAAAGAAAAAUCGCAAUCAUCAAUAGCAGCCAUUGGAUUUCAAUCAAAUGGCUAAAAGCAUCUCCCUCUCAUCAUGGUCAACCACUGAAACCCAUAAAUCCAACAACAUUAUCCAUAUACACGGCCGGUGAAUAUAAAAGCUCCGCGUACCUCUCAACAGUGAAGCAUAGUCUGCUUCUUCUCAUUCCAGAAAAUUUUCUUCUUCUUUCAGGUCAUAAAAACUGCAGAGCAAAUGAGUCUGUGGGGCUGGCCAUGGAGAACAAGCACAGGUGCCUCAGGUUUUGGCCGCUCAUCCACAGCAGAAGAGGUUACUGAGGGGAUCGAUGCCCAUGAUUUCACUGCAAUAGUCACAGGUGCAACAAAUGGCAUCGGAAAAGAGACAGCAAGAGUUCUAGCACUGCGAGGAGCUGAAGUCAUAAUCCCAUCAAGAACAAUUGAGAGUGGCCUGCGGGUAAAAGAAAGCCUCCUUGAACAAAAUCCAAGUGCAAAGCUCCAUGUCAUGGAGAUGGAUCUCAGCUCCCUUGACUCAGUCGAGACCUUCGCACGCUCAUUCAUUUCAACAAAUAAACGCCUAAACAUCCUAAUAGACAAUGCAGGAAUAAUGGCUUGCCCCUUUCAGUUAUCAAGAGAUGGAAUAGAGAUGCAGUUUGCCACAAACCACCUGGGUCAUUUCUUACUAACAAAACUUCUUCUGGAAAAGAUGAAAUCAACAGCCAAAGAAACUGGAGUUCAGGGAAGGAUUAUUAAUGUAUCAUCGUCUGCUCAUCGAAGAGGAUAUGAACUUCCAUUCAGUUUGGAUAAGCUAAAUGACAAAUCAAGCUACAAACGUUUUACUGCAUAUGGCCAAUCCAAGUUGGCAAAUAUACUUCAUGCAAAUGAGCUAUCUAGGAAACUGCAGGAAGAGGGUUCCAAUGUCACAGCCAAUUCAUUGCACCCAGGACUAAUACAGACAAAUAUAACCCGCUUCCUAGGCUUUAGUGCACUUGGAAUUUGUUUGAAGCCAUUUUUAAAGACCAUCCCGCAGGGUGCUGCGACAACUUGUUAUCUAGCCAUAAAUCCAAAAGUAAAAGAUGCAACUGGCAAAUACUAUGUCAACUGCAAUGAGGAGAAUCCUUUACCUGAAGCAAAGGAUAAUGAUUUAGCCAACAAGCUGUGGGUAUUUAGCGAAGAGCUUCUUAGAAAAGGUGGAAAGUAGAACUAAUGCAAAUGAAUUCUUUCAAAUGAUGAAAUCGGUGACCAAUCCAAUCUCUAACUCCCACAAGUAAAAACAAGUUAGAAAUCUAUGAUUUUCAAUUGCCUAGAGCAACAACAAUUUCACCAGGCAUGCCUUUUUACAUUUGCUAUAUAGAUUCUUAGUUUUCAAUAUUUAAAUUAUAUGGUGCUUGUUUGAGUUUAUGACUUCAGAUUUUUUACUAAUAUCUUUUCCAAUUGGGAUGUUAACUUGGGAUA